AUGAGCUUAUUCGGAUUAGUUGAUAAAUUUAAUAAUGCCCUGGUUAAUAGCAAUCUCAGUGAAAUAAACGUAAAUGGUGUUAUUUCUACUGUAAAGGAAAAUAUAAUUGAGCGUGUUGAUGUCAAAUCGCAGCUGCUAACUAUUAAAUCCCUUAAUAAGGAUUUUAAUAGUCUGGUAGCUUCAAAUUUACUAGUACCUCUCCUAGAUCUUUUAAAUUCCAUUGAAAACAGCCAAUUAGAGCUACUAUUGGAUACUCUUCUUUGUAUAUUCGAAUUGUCAACUAAAUCAACAAAGCUGAUCUUAUCUAAUGGUAAAAUUGGUCUUUUGCUUGGAAUCUUAACUUCAAACAGCUCAUCCUACGCUAAACUCUACACAAUUCAAAUACUAAACAUCCUUCUAAUCAACUUCAAGUCCCUCACUAUCAACCAGCUCAUUUCUCAUAACGGCCUUUCUAACCUAAUUCAACUCCUUGACUAUUCCAACUUUAUCCGAUCUGAGACAAUCAUAAUUCUUCUCUACAUCACUGAUUUUAACUCUGAAUUACAAAAGAUUGCUGCUUUUGAAGGUAUUUUUGAUAAGCUCUUCAAUAUUAUCCUCACUGAAGGCGCUAUCGAUGGUGGUAUCCUCGUCCAAGACUGCCUACACUGUAUUCAAAAUUUGCUCAGAUACAAUUCCUCAAACAUUUCCUUCUUUAGAGAAAUGGGUUUUGUUAAAAACCUCAGUUACUCUCUCUCUUACUCUCCUGAAAACUUGGACAGCUUCUGCUUGCAGUAUUGGUCUGAACAGAAAGUUAUAAACGCUGCUAUCGUCAUUGAUAUCGUACGUAUCAUCGCUGGUCUUGGUAAUAGGCAGGGUAAUUUGGCAAUUCUUCAAUCAGGUCUUACACAAUGUCUUAUCGACCUCUCCCUCUCUUCCAACGCUCCAAUCACCCUCAAAGCACAAACUUUGACUGCCCUAACUUCCAUCUUCUCCACAUCGCCUCAGAAUCAGCAUCUCUUUACACACUCCCAAACCCAACCUAUCCUCAACUCAGAAGCAUACGCAGCCGGCUACCUAAAGCUCCCACCGCGUCUAGCCACAAUCUCUCUCAUAGAUAUAGCUUUAAAUGGAGAAUCAGGUGACGAGAACAGGAUGGUAGAUGAUGUUGACUCGCUCAAAGGCCACAAUCUAAUGCUCCAGGUGGCCGCACUCACUGCGUUCGAGAGCCUCAUCACAUCCAAUGACACGCUCAAGCUCGAGAUCAUAGCCAGUAUGUCUCACUCCCACCACACACUCAACUACGAUGGCUCGCUCACGCACACGGCCGGCUCACUCCUGCUCGAAGCCCUGUCCACCUUGCCUGAUGGGGAGGGUGAGAGUGCUGGAGGUGCUUCCGACGGCGCCCUCAUCUCUCAGAAAGUCUUCUUCGCCAGCCUCAUCAUGACCCACAUACUGCGCUACUCGGAAGAUGCAAAGGCGAUGGCACGCAAUGUGCCCUUCACGGAGAGUGGCGAAACUAGCGAGAGCGGUGAUGAAGAAUCCAUCAGCCUCCUUCAUGGCAUCUUCGGCAAUCUUACCGUCUGUGCACGUGAGCGAGCAGCUGCCGAUGCGCGUGCGCGCGCCGCCGAGUUCUCUUCCAUCAACCGCGGCGAGGGAGGUGAGGAUGAGAGAGAAGGUGAGCUGGGAGAGAAAGCGAUGAAGAAUCGCGACGAGAAAGAGGAAGAGGAACACGAUAGCGUUGACAGCGGCAACAACAACAAUACCCACACCGACUGGACGCGACUUACCACUUCCUAUCUGAUCCUGCUCAGUGUGUGGGUAUGGGAGUCGCCUCGCACGGUGAGCGACAUACUGCGCGAAUCGUCCAACCUCCAGCUCUUGAUUCAGCCCAUUAAGCACAGCGGGGUUGAUGCGCUCAUACAGGGACUGUGCGCUUUCACGCUCGCCGCUAUAUACAGAUAUAACACGGAGGCACACGCCGAAGUGACUAAGACAGAUCUACACACUCUCAUUCACAAGCAGGUUGGCGUCGAUAACGUCAUACAGUCUCUCGCGCGUUUCAGAGCUGAUAGACGGUUCGGACGCGUGAGCUCACCCGAUGACUCACUCAUGCUGGCUGAGAAUCCUCACGAUGAGGGGUGGUGGUUCGACUGGCAUUAUGUGGAGUUUUUCAAGGGUUCGUUCAUGGCCGUGCAGAGGAGUGUGGUGAGGGAGGAUGUGGAGGAUGUGGAGGAUGUGGGAGAAAAUAAGGAAGUGCUCCCAAGCAGCCACCCACCUGCCCGCAUAGAUGCACAUGUAGAUGCAGAUACGGAUGCGGACGCCUCUGCGGAAUACAAGAAGGCGUUGGAGGAGAAAGACGCACUCGUCGAGUCUCUCAGACAGCGCAUCGAGGAGGUUAAAGUGCAGUACGCAAAUUGUGAAAUGGAAGCAGAACGAGUGAACAGCGAACUCGGCGAUGCUAGGAGCAAGCUGCAGGUACUGUGGGAGCAGGGCUCGCCGGAGUCAGCAGCCCUCAGAACUGACCUCGCUGAGAGAGUUGAGCGCGAGGAGGUUGCGAGAAGAGAGGUGGAACGGCUAACGAAGGAGAUUGAGAAUAUUAAGGAGAAUGAGGCAGGAAAUAGGGCAGAGUAUGAAGCCAGCCUCAAAGCUGAAUACGAUUACAAGCUCAAAACAUCUACCGACACCCUCAAUGACACCCUCACUGCUAAAACUUCCCAGGCUGACGAACUUGAAAGACAGCUUUCUGAGGCAAAAGCACAAAACGAAUCUCUUAAGCAUACACAUACCUCAGAGAUCCAUGCUUUGACCAAUAACAAUACCACUCUCAAUAACGAAAAUAACACUCUGAAGUCACAGGCUGCAGAUAAUGAGAACUCACAAAAGGAGCUUGAAGAUUUGUUGGUAUUGCUCGAGGAUAUCACCUCGAAGCGUGCAAUGGAUAAAACAAAAAUGAGACAUGCUGGAUGGGACGUCAGCGAUGAUGAGGAAGAUGAGUAG